AUGUCUGAAGCCGCUGUUUCUUACGCCGCAUUGAUCUUGGCUGACGCCGAGUUGGAAAUCUCCAAGGACAACCUUUUGUCGCUCACCAAGGCCGCUGGUGCCUCGGUUGACUCCAUCUGGGCCGAAAUCUUCUCCAAGAGUUUGCAGGGUCAAAACUUGAAGGACUUGCUCCUUUCUUUCGGUGCUGCUGGUUCUGCUGCUCCAGCUGCUGGUGCUUCCGCCGCUGCCGUGUCCACUGAGGCCGCUGCUGCUGAGGAGGUUGAAGAGGAGAAGGAGGAAUCCGACGACGACAUGGGAUUCGGUUUGUUCGAUUAA